AUGGCCGCUCGGCAUUCGCGCAAGCUUUUGAGACCUCUCCUGUACACAUCCGCGGCUGCCGCCGCUGGUGCAGGUGUUCUCUACAUUUCUUAUCGCCCGCGAAACAUUCCCGGCCUCGAAGCUCCCGCCGUUCCUCCUCCUGGCUACCGUGAAGGCAAGCUGGUACCUCCUAGCUUCCCUCAAAUUAAGUCUCGCCUCGAACAGAUUGAGGAUCUCAAGCGCAGUAACCAAGAAGAGGAAUAUGACCUGUUGGUGAUUGGUGGCGGUGCGACUGGAUCCGGUAUCGCACUAGACGCCGCCACCCGUGGCCUCAAGGUCGCAGUGGUGGAGAGAGAUGACUUCAGUGCCGGAACCAGCAGUAAGAGUACCAAGUUGGUACACGGUGGUGUCCGUUACCUAGAAAAGGCUGUUUGGGAGUUGGAUUACAACCAAUAUGCGCUGGUCAAGGAGGCGCUCAGAGAACGCAAGUACUUCCUGAACACUGCGCCUCAUCUGUCAUCAUGGCUUCCGAUCAUGGUCCCCGUUCAGAAAUGGUGGCAGGCUCCCUAUUUCUGGGCUGGUACCAAGGCCUACGAUUUCUUGGCUGGUUCCGAGGGUAUCGAGUCCUCCUACUUUUUGACCAAGAGUAAGGCCAUUGACGCCUUUCCCAUGCUCAAGCGUGACAACAUUAUUGGUGCCAUGGUCUACUACGAUGGUGCUCACAACGACUCCCGUAUGAACGUCUCCCUCGCCAUGACUGCUGCGCUGUACGGUACCACCGUCGUGAACCACCUGGAGGUUACCAGUCUCACCAAGGAUGCUUCUGGCAAGCUUUGCGGUGCGCGCGUGAAGGACAUGAUCACCGAGAAGGAUGGUCAGACGGCUGCGGAGUUUGGUAUCCGCGCCAAGGGUAUCAUCAACGCCACUGGUCCCUUCUCCGACUCUAUUCGCAAGAUGGAUGAGCCCGACGUCAAGGAGAUUGUGGCCCCCAGUGCUGGUGUCCACAUUAUCCUCCCCGGUUACUACUCCCCCUCCAACAUGGGUUUGAUCGACCCCUCUACCUCGGAUGGACGUGUCAUCUUCUUCCUGCCAUGGCAGGGCAACACCAUCGCCGGUACCACAGACCAACCCUGUGAAAUCGAGACCCAGCCUCAGCCCACUGAGAAGGACAUCAACUGGAUUCUUUCUGAGAUCCGCGGUUACCUGGCACCCGAUAUCACCGUGGACCGUAGCGAUGUUCUUGCCGCUUGGUCUGGUAUUCGUCCCUUGGUGCGGGACCCUAAGGCCAAGAACUCCGAGUCCCUGGUCCGUAACCACUUGGUGACCGUCUCCCAGUCUGGACUUCUGACCUGCGCCGGUGGCAAGUGGACCACUUAUCGCCAAAUGGCCGAGGAGGCCGUUGACGAGGCUAUCAAUGUCUUCAAGCUGAAGCCCCGUGAAGUGGCCACUCUCCCCGAUAUCUCCGGUGUUGGUGGUAGUGGUCUCGUGGCUGACGGUGCCGUUCUCGACGGUAGCUGCCAGACCCACCAGGUGCGCCUGAUCGGUGCUCACGGUUUCUCCAAGACCCUCUUCAUCAACCUUAUCCAGCACUUUGGUCUUGAGACUGACGUGGCUAAGCACCUGACCGAGUCCUACGGUGACCGCUCAUGGCAGGUCGCUGCUCUGUCCUCUCCCACCACUGAACGUUUCCCUGUCCGCGGCUGCCGUAUUUCUCCCUUGUACCCCUUCAUUGACGGAGAGGUUCGCUACGCUGUCCGUCACGAGUACGCCCAGACUGCUGUCGAUGUGAUUGCCCGCCGUACACGUCUCGCUUUCUUGAACGCCGAGGCUGCCCUCGAGUCUCUUCCCAGUGUGAUUGACUUGAUGGGCGAGGAGUUAAAGUGGACCACCGAGCGCAAGGAUCUUGAGUGGAAGGAUUCGUUGACCUACCUUUCCUCCAUGGGUUUGCCCAAGAGCUUUAUGGGUCUCUCGCGCCACGAUGUGCAAGAUGGACGUGUCAAGCAGGUUGAUGACCAGGAGCGUGCUACAUUCUCCCGAAUUGAACCCCCUGCGGAUAUCCUCGAGAGUGACGCUCGUGUGACAACCCCUGCACCCCCUGCUGUCGCAGUCAAAUAG